ACGGUCCCACCUGAUGACGGAGACUUGUGUUGUCUCCGAAACGUCAUGGAAUGCGGUUAAACAUCGUCAGAAGCUGCAGCGCAUUUGCAAAUGGAACUUUUAAACGGCGUCCGUCGUGGAACACUCAUCACACAGUACGAGAUGGGGACUGGCACAGGGCGCACGAUCUUUGGGAGCGGGAUGCUUCCUGCACGCCUCAUGCAGUGCCUGUGCGUGCUCAUUUUCAUCCCUCGCCUCGGUGCUGACCCCAUGGGCUGCAUUGCUCCUCAGAUUGAGAAUGCCAAUUUUGAUGGCAGCAGUGGGAGUGUCGCGAUUGGCAGCAAAGUUACCUACGCAUGCAAACCUGGAUUUCUUCUGGUGGGCCAGAAUACGCUGACAUGCAUUUCAAAUGCGGAAUGGUCAGACAGUGAACCAGAAUGUCAAGCGUUCUGCGAGAAACCUUUGCCACACGGGAACGCACAGGUGUCUCCGCAAUACAGCCGCAGGGAGCUGUACUAUAUCAACCAGUACGCGCACUUCACCUGCAACAAGGACUUUGUGUCCCCAUCCAACGGCUUCUACAUGACCUGCAUGAGGAGUGAAAAUGGCUCCGCUCAUUGGGUGCAAGAAUCCAACCUCACGUGUACAGCUACUCUGUGCACGAUGUUUGAAGAAUUAAUGCAUGGCUCUUUCGAAGGAAGCAACAAAAUCGGAGACUCCGUCAGAUUCAAGUGUGAUGAGCGUUUUUUGUUGGUUGGAAGUUACGAACUCACCUGUCUGAAAAGUGGAAAAUGGACAGGAGAUGCUCCUACUUGCCAGCCAUUUUGUGCUGGUCAGCCAAAACCACAAAAUGCAAUGAUUUCUACAAAUCAUCAGCAUAAGGAAAAGUAUGCCAUUGGCUCUUCAAUUACAUUCCAGUGCCUUCCGAGAUACAGAGCAAUUAAUGCUGGGUAUGACUUCAACGUGUCCUGCCGGGAGGAUAUAAGCAGAGGGGUCCAGUGGUUACCAGAAAACACCUGCAUUUACGCUGAAUGCGAACAAAAUGUUUCAAUAAAAAAUGGACACGUUAUAAGUGGUUUGGUAAAAGGACUACACUUUACCAUCGGUUAUUCUUUAAUAAUCAAAUGCAAUUACAACUCUAAAACAAAACUAAAUCAAACCGCAUUUAUAAAAAAAUGCUGUCAAGACAGCAAUGGAUUCGUUUUCUGGAAGAAUGUCAAUGAAGAUGAGUGUUAAAAUCACUGGAGAAGAAGAUGAAUGAAGCAUUGGUCCUGGGUGAUAUGACCCUUACACAAACGUAUCAGUGCGUUCUCACCAUUCGUGUGGUCUCUUGGCCUCCCCAACAUUUUGAACUGUGACACUGAUUCAUGGCCGUGUUCAAAUGUAGCGGUUAAAAAUUUGCGUGCAAAUGCUGUAACUGAAAAGUAUAUGCAUUAAUUUUAGCGUUGGGAUAAGGGAAUUAGGGAUUAGCUAAUUUCGUAACCUGAAUCUGAUAAAAAAAAAAUGGGUACAUCCUGCGGGCCUGCUGCUGGAAGUGGGAUCCCCCCGUCGUUCUGUUCAAGAUCGUCAUCGUCACCAUCUCGUCGUCGUCACCAUCUCCUCAUCAUCAUCUCCGUCUUCACCAUCCCGAGGUGCUGUUAGACAGCCUACCAACUGUUCUAAGUAGUGCCGCCGACAAUAGACGGUCUUAAUAAUAAUAAUAGUGUGCACCCACGUAGGGUGUUGUGUGUUAUCCCGAUGGUGCUUGUUUAAUAAAAUAAGUACCUCCAAGUA